AUGGUCGCCAACCAACUAACUGCCGGGCAGCCUAUAUUCACUCUUGAUCUGUGUGAUCUAUUUGAUGCCAACUGGACCAGGGUAAUCUAUGCCGGCCAGACUGCAACCGGAGGGACUACUAUAGAUGGGGGGUGUGGCUCCAUUGACCUGGAGGCUCGCCUUUGGGACAGACCCUAUUAUGUAUGUCCCAAAGAAGACAACCCCACCAACUGCAGAGGAGAACCAUAUUUUUUCUGUGGGUUGUGGGGGGAAUGUCUGACAGCAUCUCCAGGGAGGGAUGGUGAUAAGCACCUGAAAGUCACAAGAGUGAUUCGACCAGGUGGCCCGACCGAACCAGGUACUUGCUAUAUUGGAGACUGUAACCCGUUGGAGGUGACGGUCAAAACUUGGAAUGAGACUGAUUCAUGGAUGAGAGGGAGAAUGUGGGGCAUUAAGAUUCCUUUUUCUGAAAAGGACUUUGGGACAUUAUUCACUAUUCAACUGCGGAUGCUGCCAUGGACUCAGAAUCCUAUUGGGCCCUUGAGACCCAUCAUUUUAGGAGAAGACCCCCGACCUACUCUCUCCCCCUCUCUACGGAUGGGUGGAGAGAAUGAGACUAAUGGGGAUCAGACUGACAUUGCACCAAGUGGCACUAAACUGACUGACGCAGAACCUUUGCAUCCCAGGGUGAAGCCACUAGUGAAAACUGUAGAAUUAAUGUAUUACCUUUUGAAUGAGUCUGACCCUAACAUAACCAGAAACUGCUGGCUGUGUUUACACCCUGAGCCUCCUCAUUACAUAGGUGUGGCUGCCUCUGCAGGAAUAGGUAGCCAGAAGGGAGACAUAAGGAAGCUGGCUCUAUCCUCUAGCAACUCUAAGGGCCCAGAAUGUAAGUGGGGAGUACAGCCCCACAUGACACUGGGAGAUAUCCAGGGAACAGGAACUUGUAUUAUCACAGCCAACUAUAAAUUGGAAUCCUCCCCGUACAGGGGAAAUUGCAACCUAACCAUUAAAGUUAGUAAGACUCAAGAGUGGGCGACCCUCCUCAAAGCCCCUGAGGGGACUUGGUGGGCCUGUACUUCGGGCAUGACCCCCUGCAUCACCCCCUACGGAAUGACCAAAGAGGACCUCUGUGUUUUGGCCCAUAUCCUGCCCCAUGUAUACUAUUCCCAUGGCGAAGAAGGGUGGGCUCACCUUGAACGGCAAGGAACAGACUACCUCGGACCAAUAAGACGGAAACGUGUCCCGAUAGUAGUUCCUAUACUCGUGGGGACAGCCAUAGCAGGGACAGCGGCAAUGGGAGCUGCAGCCCUAGCUAAGGAGACUACUCUAGUACAGUUAGAUCAGCAGAUCAAUCAAGAUAUGGCCACACUAGAGGGCACUAUUGAAUCUCUCGAAGGGUCCCUAUCUUCGUUGGCCGAGGUGGUCCUGCAAAAUCGUAGGGGACUUGAUUUGUUAUUCAUGAAACAGGAUGGGUUAUGUGUGGCCCUGAAUGAGGCCUGUUGCUUUUAUGCCAACCACUCCGGAAUGGUGAAGAAAACUUUAAGUGAGGUCAAGAAAAGAAGAUAG